AUGGCGACGGUAGUUAGCGGUGGCGUGCGCGCGUCUUGUUGCGCACGAGUUAUGUCCUCGCCCACGCGGCGCGUGCGCAGGGCGCCUCGCUGCGCUGCGCCUGCGUCGCUCCCGUGGGGCCGACCCUCGGUAAGUGGGUGGGCCGGGCGGCGGCGCGCGGCGGGUGUAUUUAGCCAACACGGGGGUCUCGCCGCGUGCGAUUCUGAUUUGAAUAUGCGCCGCACGUGGCGUCCCGCGCCCCCGGGACCGCGCCGAUCAUAUUUCAAACGUCACCAGCGAUGUCUCACUCAGAUACUAUCGGCCGAUAAACGACGAGAUACCACCGGCAAGGGUGGAAAUAGUUCGCCGCCCGCCAACCUCCAGCUAUUUUUUACCCCGCGAUUAUCGCCUGCAGUUGACACCUAA